AUGGUAGAUUUAACACCUGAGCUGCUUGAGAGGCCAGACUUUCAUGAUCAAGUGAAAAGUAUUAUCAAGAAUGGCGAUCCCAGCUCCUUGACAGCAGGUCAAAUCCGUAGCGAACUGGAAACGCACUUUGGAUUAGAAAAAGAUGCUUUAAAACAAAAACCUUACAAAAAGGUGUUGAACGAGAUCAUCGAUAAGACCUAUACCGAAUUACAAGAUGAGCAGGAGCUUCAAGAACACACACCAGCGACUAUUGAUUCAGCUAAAGAGGUUUCUCCGGUCAAACUCUCUUCACAGAAGAGAAAGGCCGCCUCUCCUGAGAAGGAAGAGGAGCCACUGUUCAUAAAGAAGGUCAAAGUUGACUCUGACGACGACAAAGAGGACAUACAGCCAAAGAAAACCAUACAGAGGAAGAGGCAAUCGAAAAAGGUCAUUUCGGAUAGUGACGAGGAUGAGGAAAACGAGAAGGGUCCUGCAGUGAGUGCUGUUAUCAAGAAAGAGGAUGAGAAGAGGAAGGAUGUUAGUGACGAAGACGACAGAGAAGAGGACAAGGUAGAUGAGGACGAUGACGAUGAAGAGGGAGAGGAAAACGACUUUUCAACACCACCUCCAGCAACCAAAAAGACCAAAAAGAAGACUGCAAAAUCCAGCGCUGCUACGACAAAAGACGAGGAAUCCGUAAAACGACUCAAACAGUUCAUCAACAAAUGUGGUGUUCGCAAGGUGUGGGCUAAGGAAUUGAAAGACUGUGAGGAUACAGCCGCAGAAAUUAGAAAACUAAAGUCCAUGUUGAGAGAAUUGGGUGUUCACGGCAGACCCACUCUUGAAAAGUGUGAAGCUGUCAAAAAGGAGAGAGAACUGAAGGCAGAAUUAGACAGUCUGGAUACAAGCUUGAUCAUCAAUGAAACUAGCCGCAGAACAAGGACCAGAAAUAGUAGUCAAAGCAGACCUUCUUACGCAGUGGAUGAUUCUAGUAGCAGUGAGGACGAGGAUGAGGAGAAGGAGGCGGGACAAGAACAAGAGGCUGCAGACAAGGCUAAUGAAAGUGGCAAUGAAAGUGACGCCGAGGCUGACGAUACAAAGGAAGAAAGCGAGGAUGAAGAAGAGUCAUCAGACGACGAAUUCCAAGGAGAUGAAUCUGAUGAAGAUGCCUGA